AUGAACUUUUAAAUUGAGCAAAAUUUAAGUGAUAAUGAAAUAUAAUGCAUAUAUGGACAAUUACAAGCUAAACUUAAAUAAAUAUUGGAGUGUUUGAAGCAUAAUAAAUCUAUAAUGAAGGUUCUUAUUCAUUUAUAAGCUUAGGAAUUUGGAUAAGUGACUAGUGAGUAUGGAGGCAAGAUUGAAGCAAUUUCAAAGAAGUCUAUUGUUGAUCAUAUGAAAAUUAACAUGAAUAAAUUAUUUAAAGAUAUGGGUUCAUAAGUAAUUAUAUGAUUAAAUUUAGAUCAAACUUUUGGGAUCUAAGAUCAUAGAAUCAUCUUAAGUUUUAAAGGAAUUGAUAAUUCCAAUAAAUGAUGAAAGUAAAUAAUUGAAAUAAUCAUUUAAUGAUUAUGUUAAAUAAAUAGAGGGUAGAAAGAGAGAUCAAGAUGAAUAGAAUAAAAGAAUAGAAGAAUUAAAAUCAAAAAUAUCCUCUUUAUAAAAAUCAACUUAUUAAAAUGAAAAAUAAAUUACAUAUCAACUUAAACAAUUAAAAUAAUAAGAGAAAAUGAUGGAAGAAGAAUAGAAGAUGAAAUAUUAAUAGGUUUUGAUAUGUAAAAGAGAUCUUGGUAAUUUUAUAUUAGAAGAAGGUUAAAUGAUAGAUUAUAAAAUUAAUCAUUCUUAAUCAAAAUGUUAUGAGAUUAUUUACUUUAGUUUAGAAUAAUUUUAUACUAAAUUUAAUCAAAGUGGAUAAUUGAAACCAUUAUUAGAAGUUUCUUUAAUGUCUUAAAAUAGAAGUUAAUAAAGAAGUGCAACAGAAAAUAGAUCACAUAAUAAUACAUAAUUUACUUAUUAAAAUUAGAAAUCUAUAUCACCUUCAAAUCAUAUUUAAAAGUAAGAAUAAUAAAAAUCUAAUAGAAAUAAAAAUGAAAUUGUUUUUCCAAAGAAUAUUUAAAAUUAAAUUUAAAAAAUUAAUUAUGAUGAUCAAUAAAAUUAAGUAAUUAUGAAAUAAGUUAAAAAUAUUCAUAAUUCAAAAUAAGAAUCAGCAAUUAAUUGUAAAUAAAAAAGUAAAUCAUUUUUAUAAUUUACUGAUUAAUUAAUUGAAUCUUAAGAUUGUUAUGAUAAUCUUAAAGAUAAAAGUACUUAAUAAAUUAAAAUAUCAAAUUUUAAUAAAGAAAAUUAAAACAUAGCAUUCUUAAGUAGUUUAAUGAAUAGAAAAUAAAGUGGAGCUAGUUUAAAACGAUCAGAAAAUAGUAAUGCUUCUAUAUUCAAUUGUAAAGGUCUUGGAUAUUUAAGUAAUUAAGAAUCUUUAAAUGAACCAUUCAAAAAGGAAUGA